ACAGGGACUCCAUGUGUGGUUGAAAAACGCCAUAUUACGCAUAUCAAGAGACUAUCAAAAGACUACCAAAAGACCCAAAUAUUACAACCCACAAAUUAAAAUCCGAAGAAACUCGUUGCCGCAGAAACUCUUUCCUCCUCUUUCUAAAUGACUACCACUCCAAAACCAGUUUAUUUUCUUCUACUUUUCUAUCUAUGCUUGAAAAUCCUAGCCUUAGCUCAAGAUGAAAACCAGUUCAUCUACAAUGGCUUCCAGGGUGUCAAUCUCCAUCUUGAUGGGAUUGCACAAAUCCAUCCCAAUGGUCUAUUGCAGCUCACCAACACUUCCAAGCAACAAACUGGCCAUGCUUUCCACCAACUUCCUAUAAGAUUCAAUUCAUCCUCAUCUGGGUUACCCCAAAUUCUUUCAUUUUCCACCUAUUUUGUCUUUGCUAUCAUUCCCGAAAUACAAAAUCUUAGCGGCCAUGGGGUUGCCUUUACCAUCUCACCAUCUACAGAUUUCAGCCAAGCCGUAGGAAGCCAGUAUUUGGGGCUCCUCAAUUCUUCCAACAAUGGUCUCGAUUCAAACCAUCUGUUCGCAAUUGAGCUUGAUACUAUUAAGAGCCCUGAAUUCGAUGAUAUAGAUGACAACCAUGUUGGAAUCGAUGUUAACAGCUUAAAAUCUAAUGUUUCAGCGACUGCAACAUAUUAUUCUAGUAGUGAAAGAACAAACAAGAGUUUGGACCUCAUAAGUGGGGAUCCAAUACAAGUUUGGAUAGAUUAUGAUGGAGUAAAGAAUCUACUCCAGGUAACAAUAGCUCCUACUCGAAUCCCGAAACCAGAUCGACCUCUCAUAUCAACCCACAUCGAUCUUUCUUCAAUUCUCUUCGAUUAUAUGUAUGUUGGUUUCUCUUCUGCUACUGGAACAUCUAGAGGUAGCCACUAUAUUCUUGGGUGGAGCUUCAACAAAAGUGGACAAGCAGAGAGUCUAGACUUUUCGAAGCUUCCUUCACUUCCCAAACAAAAGAAACCAAAACGUUUUCCAGGCCUACAAGUUACUGUUUCAUUGGUAACAGUAUCUAUUGUGUUGAUUAUCACAACUUCAGGAACUGUUUUCUUUCUGUGGAGGAAAAAAUAUGAAGAAAUACAUGAAGAUUGGGAACAUGAAUAUGGCCCUCAAAGGUUUUUCUACAAGGAUCUCUACAAAGCUACCAAAGGUUUUAAAGAUGAAGAGCUUCUUGGAGCAGGAGGUUUUGGAAAGGUUUACAGAGGAGUACUUCCCUCUUCCAAGGAAGAAGUUGCGGUCAAGAAAAUCAACCAUGAUUCAAAACAAGGGGUGAAGGAAUUUGUGACAGAAAUUGCUAGCAUGGGAAGGUUAAGGCAUAGGAACUUGGUGCAGCUCCUUGGCUAUUGUCGGCGAAGGGGAGAGCUUAUCUUGGUCUAUGAUUACAUGCCCAAUGGAAGCCUUGACAAGUUCCUCUUUAGUAAUGAAAAACCAACCCUUAAUUGGGCUCAACGUUAUCGAAUCCUCAGAGGAGUAGCAUCUGCCUUGCAGUACUUACAUGAAGAAUGGGAACAAGUUGUUCUUCAUCGAGACGUUAAGGCUAGCAAUGUUUUACUGGAUGCUGAUCUAAAUGGUCGGUUAGGAGAUUUUGGGCUUGCUAGAUUGUAUGAUCAUGGAGCAAACCCACAAACUACCCAUGUUGUUGGCACUGUUGGGUACAUUGCACCAGAGCUUACUAGAACAGGCAAGGCUACAACAAGCACCGAUGUGUUUGCUUUUGGUGCAUUUUUGCUAGAAGUGGCUUGUGGAAGGAGACCCAUAGAGCUACAAGGAAUGCCUGAAGAGAUGAUUUUGGUUGACUGGGUACUUGAAAAAUGGAAAGAAGGAGAUAUUCUUGGGGUAAGUGAUCCUAGAUUGGAAGGUGAUUAUUCAGCAGACGAAAUGGAUUUGGUAUUGAAGUUGGGCUUGCUUUGCUCUCACUCUAAUCCAGCAGCUAGGCCUAGCAUGUGGCAAGUAAUGCAAUACCUGGAUGGUGUUAAUUUCAUGCCAGAAAUACUUAUUGACGGUGCAGGUAUUGGCAUGCUUGCAACGGGUAAUGAAGCGUCUGCUGAGUUUGUCAUGUCACUCCCUUCAUCCUUUGGAAAGGUUUCUGGUUGUUCAAUGUCUAGUAGUGAAUCCAUCCUCAGCAAAGGUCGUUGAAUUGGAAGAGUUUCAUGCCCUGUUUAUGUUUUCACAAAGAGUCAUCAAUAUAAUAGUUAGGGUGGUAAAUAUCAGCGAAAUGCAUCAAAUGGUGUUUGUAAACACUUCAUUUAUGCCUUUUUUUUGGUUACAUGGGAUUGGAUUAAAAACAUUUGUGGAGUCCAUAUUAUUCACACAUGUUCUCCAAUCAUGUCCUUAUCCAUGUUUAGGGUGCAACAAGUGGGUGGAUUACUGAAUAGAUUUGUCAGCAGGGAAUGACAAUAUCAUGUGCAACAUUUCAAUUAAAAACUUAAGCCACACAACUAGUGUUUUUUUUUUUUUU